CAUCAGCAACAAAUCUUGGCGUAUAGUAGGUAACGUGGAUGUCUUUCAUUGACCGUAUUGUUCUGUUGAGGACUUGUCGCUUCACUGUUUGGUUCUGUAAAAUUAUGUUCAUUCAAAUGUUGCGUCUUUGUAGAUCUCAUGAAGUGUGAAUUGUGCUGUUAGCUAACGUUAGCUGCCAGCCGGCUAGCGAGUUACCGUUAGCUGCCAAGCUGAGAGACCGAGACACCGGUCACCCAACACUGCUCGGUCAGCGCUGUCAAUGGGAAAUAUAUAGGACACCAAGUCGGAAGAGAACGGUCUUUUUAGUAUUAACGUACGUGAACUGACCGGGGAACCCCGUGCCUAAAUGCCCGAACAAGGUCCCAGGAUGAACGGGUUUUCUCUCGGCGAGCUGUGCUGGCUGUUCUGCUGUCCGCCCUGUCCCAGCCGUAUCGCAGCUAAGCUAGCUUUCCUCCCACCGGAGCCCACCUACUCGGUGCACACCGAUGCUAACGGGGUAACUAGCUUGCAUUUAACGGAACGUGCGGACUGGCAGUACUCUCAGAGAGAGCUGGAUGCGGUGGAAGUGUUCAGCACCAGGAGCAGCCGGGGGAACCGGGUCGGCUGUAUGUUUGUGCGUUGCGCUCCGAACAGUCGGUACACACUGCUGUUCUCCCACGGUAACGCCGUGGACCUGGGCCAGAUGUGCAGUUUUUACAUCGGCCUCGGCUCCAGGAUCAACUGCAACGUGUUCUCCUACGAUUACUCAGGCUACGGAGUCAGCACCGGCAAGCCCUCAGAGAAGAACCUGUAUGCAGACAUCGAGGCGGCCUGGCAGGUUCUCAGGAACAAGUAUGGUGUAACCCCUGAGAACAUCAUCCUGUAUGGUCAGAGUAUCGGCACUGUGCCUACCAUCGACCUGGCUGCUCGCUAUGAAUGUGCUGCUGUCAUUCUACACUCCCCGCUCAUGUCAGGGCUACGGGUGGCCUUUCCUGAUACACGGAAGACCUACUGUUUUGAUGCCUUCCCCAGUAUUGACAAGGUUUCCAAGGUGGCAUCCCCAGUGCUAGUGAUCCACGGUACGGAGGACGAGGUGAUCGACUUCUCCCAUGGUUUGGCCAUGUACGAGCGCUGUCCCCGCGCUGUUGAGCCCCUGUGGGUGGAGGGAGCCGGCCACAACGACAUUGAACUGUACGCCCAAUACCUGGAGAGACUCAAGCAGUUCAUCUCCUUUGAGCUCCCCACCUCCUGAGGGGAGCUCGGCACUCUAGCCCGGGUUCAUCUCAACACACUCAAGAAGCCGCCUCUUUAUCAUCUCCCAACUUCCUCUGUUUGCAUGGGGCAGGGCUGGAGUGAGCUGGUCACACUCCUCUCCGCUGUCCUGUGAGCCAUUUCAGGAUAGGAAUGUGUGGUGGACCGGAGGUGGAGGGGGUUUUAGAUUGUUGAGGUGCAGCCGAGAGUGAGGCCAGUACUGACCAGGAGUGAAGCUUUAGCUUGACACGUGCUGUCCCUCAAAGCUGGCUGGUGUUCCACAUGUGGACGCAGUUUGCCAGUGAGCCCAGGCAGGCAGUGUUCGCACUUGCUUCUCAGUGUCGGUUCAUUUCUCACCUGCAGCUGUCCUUCCUUCACUCUGCCUGGCUGAGCCUCUGUGUGCCACUGUCUCUCACUGUGACCCUCAGCCUCUCACUGCUCCCUGCUCCUCCCUCUGUUUCUCCCACAGUCCUCGCUUCUCUUUUGACCAAGUCUUUGCAGUGUUCAAACUUGAUUUUUGUAUUCUUUUAUACCAGGUGAAGAAGUAUCAGUUUUGCACCUCAAGAUGCAAUUGAAGUUUGUUUUGUUUUGUUUUUUUUUACUUUUUCUGUAUUUUUAAGUUAUCAUUCAGGGUUUACCAAACAAUUGCACUUUUAAUGUGCAGAUAUUUUCAGGUAAUGAUUUUUUUCUGUGUUUGGACAUGUAUGUAUAUGUUGAUUUCUUUUGUCAUGUGCAUUCCAUGUUUACUUAAUGGCAGGUCAAACUUUUUAUCAGCUGGCGUGUGUGUUUAAAAGCUGUUAACCAGGGUGCUCACCUGCACAUCUGGACUUUGUAACUGUGAUCUUUGUAGUCCUGAUGCAUGCUUCUCUCACACAUAAUGCCAAACUUCAUUGAGAAAUUAAUUGUAGUCCUUGAAUGUUUUGGAGCCACCAGUAAAUUCAGCAUACAGUCAGUACCUUUAGUUUUUAAAGUGGUAACAUUUACAAGUAGUUUUGCUGUUAAUGGUGCAUAUAAUGCACCAUGGAAGGCUGUUAUUAAAAUAGAUUGUGAUUGGUGGCUCAUUUAUAUGUAUCAUGCUGAAUUUAACACAGAAUUUGUAGGAUGCCUCAGCAGGUCAUUAAGUGAACGGAUUGGAUCAAUCGAUCAAACAUCUUGACCCUCAGCACCUGGUGAAGCCAUUGGUAAAAAAGGAAAAUUGCACCAUAACCCACAGGCUAAUUAUCGUGGUCAUUUUGUGUCUGCAUCAAAGUUCUCACUUUCUGCAUCUGUAAAUUGUAUCACACCAGGGGCCAGAUGCAUAAACACUGUACACCCAAAAACCAUCCAUACGCCUUUCCUCCAUACAUAAACUGGUAUUUAUAAAGGAGGAAUGUGCGGUGAGAAUGUGCACGCCCCAUGUAUUCUACACACAGUUUGAGCUUAGAGAGCUGCAGUUAAGAAAUGGAAAGACAUAUUUUAAUGUUGUUUACUGGUUCUGUUAUUGUUGUUUUAUUCUUUUUUUGCAGCUUACACAGCAAUCUGUAAAAUGUCAAUCAAAAGGACGCUUAUAAAGUUAAUUUUAAAUUUUGAGUGAUACAUAUACAUUUCAGCAUUAUUAUGUGGAGCAUUUUGUUAAGUUAGUUUCCACAUGAGCGCUCUGAACAAAUUAUUGAUUCUUCUGACAUUUCAUAAUGAUGACUGAGAUUUCACCGCAACAAUGAUUUGCACAAAUGUAAAUUAAUGAUACAGACGCUACAAAUAUCGACAGCUGUGCGUAAUGACAGCAGCUCUGGCACCGUUGGAGAACCUCGCCGAUGCAACACAGUUGGUGAAAUUGCUCCUUCUUUACAAUUUUCUCACUGACAGGUGUAAUGAUGGUGAAGGGGCACGUGUCAAUAUGCAAACACAUGUUUAAGGGCGUUUCUAUGUCCAUUUAUAGUCAACUGUGAGUGUAGAAAAGAGGCUAGUGCCCGUGCGCCACAAUGAUUGAGACUUACUGUAUCAGGUGUACACACGGCUUUAUAAAUCUGACCAAAAACAAUGCAUUUGCAUAGUUGUGCCUGUGUGCGUACAGAGCUUUAGUGGUGAAUCUACAGAGUUGUAUGCAUCUGGCCCCUGGUGUGUCCCCUCGCCUCAAAGCAACACAGCAAUGAAUAUCCCAAAUGUUGGCCAGUGCAAAGGCUUACCUUCAUAGAGGAGAGGGCAGCAGGCAUCGGGGCUACACUUUUGUAAAGUGGAGAUCAUGUGCUAAUAAGACUUGACAACUGGUUCAAAUGGAAAUACACCUGACUGGGUACUGUAGAGUGAAGCUGGGGAGCAUGGUGCAGAGUUUACCUGCAGGAAGAGGACACUGAACUGUGAACUGUGAACUCUGCUCCAUGUCAGCGUCUUCACAGUGAACAUGCUGCUGCUGGGUUCAGCUGUUAUCAGUCAUUUCACACUAUAAAAUAGGCCUUAUGUUGGUAAACAUUUCACCCGGUGCUGUGGACUACAGCAGGGCUGUCGUGGUCUUCAAGUGGCCGAGAACUGCUGCUAUUCAUCUGACACAACAACCAGUCAAUCACUGUGAAAGACAAACAGUUUAGGGACUACUGACAUGACAGCAAGCUAUGAAAACCAAAUUGAACCUGACCGCUGUCAGCCAUGUGUUCCCACCUCCUCCGUACUGAUACUGUUGUCUCUGAGCCCUGGGAUAGUUACUCUUAUCCAAGCUCAAGGCCCAAAGACAUCAUGAGAAGCACGGUGGGGAAAUGGAGUGCUGUGGAAGUCAGCAAAGCAUGCCAGUCACCUCUCAUAUUUGUGGACUCUAACUUGUAUCAGCUGUAUUUGAAUUUUUUGUUCUUUUCCCCCUGCAAAGCAAAACACUACAGAGUUUAGUAAAACACAGAAAAAGAAGACUUGCUGAACAUGUUUUCAGAGAAGGAUUAUGUUUGAGGGAUAUUUGCAUAGCAAUUUGUGAUGAUCAUAUGCUUGAUCCGUGUAUCGAUGUGAAGUGGUUUGUCAGUUGAGUUUUAGUGUUUUCUGAUUAUAGCUAAUGUUAGGCCGAUGUUUUUGGAUAACGAGCCCUCGAUCAUCUCUAGUAUAUUUCCUCUAGUUCCUCUUUUUACAGGAAAUGAAGAACCAACUUUAGUCCUGUUUAUUGUUUUGAUACUGACAUUUUUACGAGGUUUUCCAGUCGAAAUGUUGAUAGAUUUACACUGUCUCUAAAGCUGGUUUGUACGAUAAUCCUCUGUAAUGAUAUACUUCAAUAUCUUCUCUAUACAUAUUAGUCCUUAUACAGGGCAGUCUAGUCUUAUUGAUUUUAACACUGGAAUCAUAAUAUGCAAAUGAAAGGCAGAUAAAGCAAGAAGAAUUCGAUUUUGGUCAUGUGUUCAACAGAUGAAAUAAGCCUUAAAUAUGCCAUGAAACAGAUUGUCAUACAUGUGGCAGUUGUUGCAAGAAGGCAGCACAAUGGAUGUUUUAAUGCAAAUAAUGAAAUAAAGAAUGCAUGGAAGUGUG